AACGACAAAAGUAGCCACCGCCAAAACAAGACUGAUUUUCAGUGCUAGGAUGGAUGUGUCUGACUUUGACGGUGGUGUAUACUGACAUCGCCCCUAAUAUACACACUGCAUUGUUGUCUGCCAUUUGUCGCGUUGUUCUAUCUUUAUUCACGUUUCAGUUAUAGCGUUUAGAAAUGAAUGAGACAAUUGAUGUUGCCGCCGAUUGUGAAAUUCGUGGAGUGAUACGUUUUUUAAACCAUCAAAACGUUAAACCGGUCGAAAAUGGUGUGAAAGGUUUAGAAAUAAGAGAGUUAACGUGCAUGAUGAAGAACGUUCCGGGAGGCUCUCAAUAAUCAACGAGGACUUGUUGAAAAAGGUCGAUGAAGAAAUCAAAAACAAUCGUCGCGUGACAAUAUCUGAAUUGACCAGUAUUUUCCCUGGUGUUUCAAGAGCUGUUAUUGGUCGCAUUGUGCAUGACCAUUUAGGCUUCAGAAAAGUUUGUGCGCGUUGGGUGCCGUACGCGUUAUCGGAACGUCGCAAACAAAUCUGAAUGGGAUCUGCUUCGGAAUUCCUAAUGUGCUACAAAGAAAAUGGUGAUGAAUUCCUUAAUUCAAUAGUUACCGGCGAUGAAACCUGGAUUUAUUAUUACACGCCAGAAAGAAAACGGUAGUCAUGUGAAUGGCGUCAUCCUCAGUCACCAACGAAACCAAAAAAGAUCAAGCCACUGCCGUUUGGAAGGAAAUUGAUGGCCACGGUAUUUUGGGAUCGAUUUGGCAUUAUAUUGAUUGACUUUACGCCACGCGGAACGACUGUAAAUGCAGAAUAUUACUGUGAAACACUCUUCAAGUUACGGCUUCAAGUUACGGCUUCAAGUUACACUCUUCAGAGUCGCCGCCGCGGACGACUUACCGACGGCAUCAUACUGUUGCACGAUAAUGCUCGCCCACAUGUGGCUGGUAAGACGCUCGAUUUACUGAACAGAUUUGGAUGGGAAAUUUUCAGUCACCCACCAUACAGUCCAGAUUUAGCACCUUCAGAUUAUCAUUUGUUUGGCAAAUUGAAAGAAUUUUUGGGAGGUAAGCAAUUCGCGGGUGAUGACGAACUUAAAGAUGCCGUGAAUCGAUGGCUAAAUGAACUGGCGGCAGAAGAAUACGACGAGGGUAUAUUAAAGCUGGUGAAUCGCUAUGACAAAUGUCUCAAUUCAUAUGGCGACUAUGUAGAGCACUAAUGUAAGUUGUGUAUUUCAUUCUGUAUCACUUUGUUUGAACAUAUUUUUUUAAUAAUUUUUUUUACAACAAAACGGUCUUUACUUUAGAGAUAACCCUCGUAUAAUUCCAUUUUCUAAUUUUAUUCUACUUCAUUUCUGAUUUCUAAUUAAAAAUCUCCUCUUUUCUAUCAAUUCAUAAUCUACACCUUCCCUUAUCCAUAACCCACUCAAAUUUGAAAUCUCCCGCUUGAAAUAACCCAUCAUGGCCCACCAACUAAUCCCAUAAUGCUCCUUCAAUCAGUGCGCCUCCGUUCGUUUGUGCUC